UGAGGCCACAUCUGGAGUAUUGUGUCCAGUUCUGGGGCCCCCACUAUAGAAAGAAUAUGGACGCAUUGCAGAGGGUCCAUCAAAGGGCAACCAAAAUGAUUAGGGGCUGGAGCACAUGACCUAUGAGGGGAGACUGAAGGAUUUGGUUUUGUUUAGUCUGCAGAAGAGAAUAGUGAGGGGGAUUUGAUAGCAACCUUCAAAUUCUUUAAGGGAGAUUCCAGUGAAGAUGGAGGGAGGCUGUUCUCAGUAGUGACAGAUGGCAGAAUAAGGAGCAAUGGUCUCAAGUUACAGUGGGGGAGGAUAUUAGGAAAAACUAUUUCACUAGGAGGGUGGUGAAGUAUUGGAAUGGGUUACCUAGGGAGAUGGUGGAAUCUCCAUCUCUAGAGAUUAAGUCCCAGCUUGACAAAGCCCUGGCAUGAUUUAGUUGGGUUAGUCCUGCUUUUAGCAGGGGGCUGGACUCUGACUUUCUGAAGUCUCUUCCAAUUCUAUGAUUCUAUCAUGGACAGCAAAUACCAGGCAAAAAGAUGCCAGACACUUUUGAGGCAGCAUGAGACCUUAUCCAAAUGACAAAGCUUGCUGCAUUGAUUCUGACUCAGUCCAUGCUUCUGGCACAGACAUCUGCAUCGAUGGUGGUCCAGUAUGCUCUGUCCCAUUCCAUGGCACUGUCCUCAGUGCAGCAGUUGCCCAUAGCACCACAGCCACCAGGACUCAUGCUGGCAUUGGUUCCCAUAUGGCACUGAGGCAAACCAACUCCACUGCAGUGGCACUCUCCAUCUCCCUGUCCUACUCCCAUUCUCAGCAACAUUCCUAUUACUGCCAGUGGGAGGUUCCCUUGGUACCACAGCUGGGUUGGCCCACUGCAGUGGCAGGCACCCACGCAGUGGCCAUUUUGGCAAUCAAUCAGGAGGCUCCAGUCCUUGGGCCCACCCUCGGGGUCAGUGGCCUAAUCCUGCCAGGCACCCUCAGCCACAGUAGUGGCUCCUGAGCCUCCGCAGGCCCCUUAACCUGUUCCGGAUCAAGCACUGAUUCAGCAUUUGCUGACACCUGCUGAAUAGUCAGUGUCUCAUUCCCCCCUCCCCACUGCUCCCCGGGAUACCAUCAGGAUCAACUUCUCCCUUGGGAAUCUUCCUCCUCCUCUCCAGCCAAGGCUAUUGUGAGCUAUCCUUUUUACUUCCCACCCUGAUGCAAGGGCAGAUGAAGGCCUUUUGUUUUAAGUGGCUCACAGCCUCAGAAGAACCUACAGAAGAGCUUGUGGAGCAUGCAGACUCAAUGGUGGAUAUGCCAUUGCCCCUCAUAAAGACCAUCCAGUCUACCACCAGGGUACUAUGGCAGACCCCAGUAUUUUACCUCAGACUGUUUAGUCCUCAGUAUGCAAUCCUCUGCCCAUCCAAUUCUCUGCCCUUGCACCCACCCCUUCUCCCGACCCUCUUCAGGGACCCUUCUCAUGAGUAAUUCCUCAGGCAGUUCAGUCCCUCCUGGAGUUAGGGGCAAGAGAGGAGGUUCCGUGGGAAUUCAGGGGCAGCAAGGGGGAGGGCUUUCUAUUCCUGUUAUUUUCUUAUCUACAGAGGUGGGCUGAGGUACAUCAUGAAUCAUUUAUCCCAUCCCUAGAUGUGGGGGAUUGAUCUAGUGCCCUCGAUAUGAAGAACACGUACUUCCAUAUUUCCAUCAUUCCUGCACACUGGAGGUUUCUCAGGUUUAUAGCUAAUGGUCUCCACUACCGAUUCAAGGUUUUCCUGUUUGGCCUCUCCACAAUGCUGCAGGUGUUCACAAAGUGCAUGGCAGUGGUGGCUACCUUUCUACGCAAACACCAAGUGCUGGUUUUUCCAUACCUGAAUCACUGUUUGAUGAAGGGCGGGACCCAGGAGCAGGCCCUUCACCAUAUGGGACUGGCACAGGUGACCUAUUCCACACUGGACCUUAUUCUCAGGGUUCCCAAAUUUCAGCUGGUCCUGGCUCAAGGCAUAGAAUUCAUUGGGGCCUUCCUAGAUUCUACCCGUGUGAGGGCCUUCCUCCCUGAACCCUGCUUUCAUGGACGUUAUUCAUACCCUGCCGUGGUUCCCUGUCACUGUGGCCAGAAAUUGCAUGAGGCUUCUGGGGCACAUGGAAACCUGCACAUUCGUCAUGCAGCAUGCCAUACUCCACUUCUGCCCCCUCCAGACCUAGUUUGCCAUGGUUCACAGGCCCAGCAGAGAGCCACUAGAUCAAUGUUUCUCAGAGUGGAUCUGCAGACCUCUUUGAAAAAUGCUGCACUAGAUGGUCUGGUCAUUCUACCUCAGUCAGUUCUUCGCUCCCUAAAUUGGUGGCUGCAGCCCCAAGAGAUGUGUGUGGGUAGCCCCUUCACCAGCCCCCAGUCCUCCCUGUCUCUAAUCAUGGAGGCAUCGGAGGCAAGUUGGGGAGUGCAUCUGGGGGAACUCAUACUUGGGCUGUCCUCUUAUGUGGAACUGUCCCUCUACAUCAGUGUCAGGGAACUCAGAGGACAGUUUGUCUUGCUUGUCAGACCAGUGUAUUGCCAUGAUGAUGUGCUACAUAAAGAGGGAAUUGCUUUCUCCUCUCCCCUCUGCCAUGAAGCCCUUCACCUGUGGGACUUUUGAUUCAUGUAUUAAAUCCACCUGCAGGCCUUCCACCUGCUGAGUGUAGGAGUGGAAUGUAUUGAUCUCCUAAGCCACUUUAACACCCAAGAAUGGUCUUUUGGGACAGAUGACACCCCUUCCAUCCUCCAGAGGUGGGGACAUCCCCACAUAGACCAAUUUGCUAUAAAGAGCAACAGGAAGUGUCACCAGUUCUCCUCUUGGAACCUCAGCCAUGGUUCCAGUGCAGAUAUGUUCCACAGUCCAUGUUUGGGCCACCUGCUGUACGUGUUCCCUUCCUUUCUUCUUAUCUCCCUUGCAUGGCCCCAACAGCAUUGAUUCAUGAUUCUGCUUAGCCUCUUUGUAGUCAUGCCUAUACUCUGCCACUCUACCCUGAACCAAGGCUGGCUGCAGCAUGACAACCUCUAGUCUCUCCAUCACAACGUAUGAAGACUCCAUGGUUCAAUCCUCAAGAGCUUCAGGGCUCAGACUUGGUUAGGGAGAUGGUCCUGGGGAGCAGGAAGCUGUCCACUGUGGCCAUGUACGUACCUGAGUGGAAGUGCUUUUUGCUUUGGUCACUUCAGAAAGGAGCUGAGCCUCAGGAGGCCACAUUACCCUUAGACCUCCAUUACCUGUUGCAGCUGAAAUAGCAAGGCCUGGCCCUGUAGUCCCUCAAGUUUCAUUUGACUGUCAUUUUCCACCCAGUGGUGGGUCAUGAGUCCCUUUUUGCUGAUGCCACUGUGGGGCACUUUCUCUAGGGUACUGAAUUGUUGUAUCCACAGGUUAAACACCCCUUAUCCCCAAGGGAUCUCAACAUGGUCCUUUCCUGGAUCUUGGGCCCUCCCUUUGAACCUUAUCUACCUGGUCCCUGUCCUAUCUCAGGGAAGGUCACCUUUCUGGUGUCCAUAACUUCAGCCAGGAGGCUUUCAAAGCUCCAAGCCCUGACCUCCAAACCCUUGUAUGCCAUGUUUUAUAAGGAUGAUGUGCAGCUCCAUUCCCACAUGGCCUUUCUGCCCAAAGUGGUCUCCCAUUUCCAUGGGAACCAGUGCAUGUUUCUGUCUGUGUACUUCCUUAAACUUCAUGUGUUACUAGAGAGUGAGCCCUGUACUCCAUGGGUGUGAGAAGGGCUUUAGCCUUCUACACUGAAUAAAUCACUGCAACUCUUUAUUGCUAUUGUGCAAUGGAUUUGAGAACUGCCCACCUUGUCCCAGCAUUUCUCUUCCUGGAGCACAUCCUGCAUCAGGAUAUGCUAUGACCUGGCCAAACUCCCAGCUCUGGUGCUGAUGGCUCAUUCCACAAAGGCACAGGGUUCCUUGAGGGCAUUCCUUGUGCAUUUCCCUAUUCAGGACAUCUGCAGGGCAGUGAUGUGGUCCUCUGUCCACAUGCUCAUUAUGCCACUACACCAUCACCCAGUGGGCUUGGAGUGUUGAGAUAUUCAGCAGGGCAGUCUUCCAGACAUCUACUCAAUAUUCUCUGACCCUUCCUCCAGGUAAAUUACUUGCAUGUGACCUAUUGGAAUGCAAAGUCAACAUGGUUUCUGUAAAGGGAAAUCCUGUCUUACUAAUCUAUUAGAGUUCUUUA